AGAAUGAUGGAAAUUCGGUACUUGGAAUACUACAUAAUUAGUAUUUGACUAGCCAUUUAAGAAAUUAACCUACAUACUUUAGAUUCUGAUUUCACUUUUACUGCAACAUAGUGUAACACAAUCAUAUUUCCUUUAAACGUAACAUCAAAGUAUGGGUAAUAUUUUAAUUCAAAAGGUAAUACCUACUUGCUAGUGAUUUUUUUUUCUGUGCUUAUCGAACAUAAAAAUACGGUCCAAAUUUGUAUAUCAUUUUAUUGUUACUUUAGUUUUAACUAAUUAGCUUAAUUUUUGCUGACAAUUUAUUAUUGAUCACAUAAAUACAGAAUUUCACCGCAAAAAAUUAAUUACUUUGUGAGAUUCUUUGUGAAUAGCAAGAAACAAGCUCCCGAUUGUGCAAAAUGUCGGAUUCUGAGUACGCAUCCAGCAUUGAAGACGUGGCCCCAUUAGAGGUGGUGCCACCACCGCGCUCGAGCAAGAGCAAGUCCAAAACCAGCGCGUCGACCUCAACCGCUUCUACGCCUGCGCCUAAGCCGAGGAAGCGAAAGCCUGCCGCCCAUUCCGUUGCGAACGUUGAAGCCCUAACUAGACCAAAGAAAACGAAGAGUUUGUUUUCAAUCAUUAAUAAGGACGAGCGGGCAAGUGCGAAGGAGACAACUCGUAGCAUCGCAUCGAGCUUUACAUCGCGGGUGUCUUCGGGCCAGUGUCGUCGGACUGCAGUCACCAGCGGCGAGUUCUACAUAGAUUUGAAAGUCUACAACACCGACGAUGUUAAGAACGUUCCACCCGAGGAGCGUUACAAGAAAGCGCUUGCAGCGGUAAAACUCCAAUGCGGUGAACAAUCCCAGGAGUGGGAGGCUCUACAAAGGUUUAUAAGUAGCGCUUACGUAAUUUUUGAAGAGUGCGAACCGACUUAUUACAGUAAUAAAAUAAACAUUAAAUAAUUUUUACUUGUAAAUAAACAUACUUAUUACACAGUUUUAAUAUUAUUUUUUACAUUCGAAUUAUUCAACAUUAUUUCUAGUAGGUAGGUAUAGAGACUUUAUUGUUUAUUAACUAAUUCUUGGUUCUAAAAUGCCUUUCUGUACUAUUUGUAACGUGUCCAUAGGUUCAACCUCUUGGGUAGGACACUUGCGGAGUCGCUUGCACAAGCAAAAGAACUCCACCCAACCACACAGUGAUGGUGUGGAAAUCGUAGGUUCUGCAUUUCGCUCUCGAAUCAUUUCUUACCGAUUAGUUGCAAGUGAACUUGACCAAACUUCUAUAGAUAUUUUCUUUAAUUCUAUUCAUAACAAAAUAAAAUCACUUUUAGAUGAUGCUUUAAGAGUACAUACUUGCAUCAAAGUGAAUUUUGAAUUAUUUAGCAUUUUCCUGUUAUUCAAAAAUAAUAUGCAGGAAAUGAAAUCUUUUGUUACAAAGAAUUUUAUACUUUACCACAACUAUGAUUUUGAUAGUUUAUUUUCUAAACUAGUGAGUAUAUUGAAAAAGAAAAUGGAAGAGUUUGAGGAAAGCGAUAGUGGUUGGGCUUUUUUAAGUAAUUCACAUUUAGAAAUAAAUGUCAAUAAGUACCAACCAUUAGGUGGGUCAUCUUAUUUAAAAUUACCUAAAUUUAUUCAAAAUAAGAAAGCAUGUAUAAAUAUUCAAAAUAAAGACCAGUGUUGCUUUUUAUGGAGCGUAACAGCAGCUCUUUACCCUGCUCGAAAUCAUCCUGAACGAGUCUCGUCUUAUCCCAAUUUUAAAGAUGUUCUAAAUAUCAAUGGGAUAUCUUAUCCCGUCACAUUCUCAGAUAUUAGGAUUUUUGAGAAAAACAAUCCUAAGUUAAGUUUUAUCAUUUAUGGUCUAAAAAAUUCUAAAACCAUUAUUGGCCCCGUAUAUAAAUCUGAAAAUACCAAAAACAAAAAAACUAUUCAUUUGCUAAUGUUAGAAAAUGA